ACCAUGUCUUCACUGCCAGUGUUAGUCCACAAGAUUGGUACGCACAAAUACUCGAGUCAGACAAAUGGUCAAUCAGGUAGAACUUUUUAACCAUUACAGAUGCAACUUGACAGACGUGAGGUACAUCCAUUUCCUGUAGGUGGCAGUAGUCUGUGUUUUUUACAGGGGAAACAGGAAAAAGUCAAGAAACAAGAAAAGUAUUCUGCUGUGGGCUGCCUUCUUUUACUUUGUUUCUUUACAAGGUCAUAACACAGACAAAAACCUUUGAGCUCUCAUCUCUUGAAUAUUAUAAAAUGUAUUUUUGCUCGACCUUGAGAAUACUGACGACAGAAAUAUCUGGCACAGUCGCGGGGGAGUUCAGUUCUUUCCUUAUUUAUUGAGCUUUUGUAGGAAAGGGAGUGUUUCCAGCUAAAAAUAGAAGCCAGUUUUUGAGUCGACACCUGCUGGUCAGUGGGUAUGCGAUGGAAAAGCAAUAGCACUGCAAUGUUAGCCCUUUUUUGUUGUGAAGUCAAUUAACUGGACACAAAAAUGUAAAUUCAGUUGGAAUAACCAAGUAACCAGUAACCAAUCGCUUUUUAAAAAAUGUUGUGGAAUUGGAAAAAGCACUAAAUAACACUUUUUUUUUUUUGCAACUCAUCAGGACAGUGUGACUCACUUUUUGAAAACAUAUUGUUCUGUAAAUGAGUUUGGGUGUUAGGAGAGUUAGCUUUUAACGUAAGGUGAUAUUGUGUUUAUCAUCUGGUUUACUGCCCUCGAGUGGCAGAAAAAGUCCAGUAGAUACUAGCUUUUUAUAUGCAAGCUAAGUAGGCUAACUGCCUCAGCAAAUACACACACAAUGACAUGCAGUCUCCGCCUAACUGAGUCCUGUUAUGAUGUCAUCGGCCUUUUGUAUAUUCACAUAGACUCCUUCCUACUUUGCUGGUGGGUUGAACAUAUUCAUUAGUGGAAUACAGUACACGUUACGUGUACAUGUACUAGUUUACAUUCUCAGUUAACCGUUCUUCUGUAGAUCGUUGUAAUAAACAGGAUCUUCGGCUGAACUGGUUCAUCUGCACCAGAAGGUCAACGACAGAGCCUUUGAGGGCAAAGAGUGGAGAUUCGGAGAGAAGGGGCUAUUGUUCUGGGAAUAGCUCCAGGGCUUUGUUCCCUAAGAGUGUGUAUGUAUGUGUGUUGGUUUACUUAAGUUGUGAGGACAUAUAGAGGCUCAGAAAGGGGGAAAACAAGGGCAUUUCUUUGCAAAUUGAAAAUGUAGUUAGGAAUAACUUUAAAAGUUGAAGUUACAAAUUAGUUGGUAAUAUGCCAAAGAUAAUUGAAAGUAAAGGCCUGUAACAGGUACACAAACAGUUACUACAGUGAAAUAAUAUAUUGUUAUAUUUACGGCUUUAGAAAUUGAAAUAGUUACUGAGGAUCAAAUGUUUGUUUGUGUGAGAGCUGGAGGGGCAGGUUUUAAUUGUAUAUGCAUACAGAACCCCAUUAAAAACCUGCUGUUGUCAAACACCAAUCAGAAUCAACAUGUGUCUAUGCUUGUCUUGUCUCUUUGUUUGUGUAUAAGUCAGUGUCUGUGUGUGUGUGUGUGUGUGUGUGUGUAUGUGAAAUGGGUGUGGCAAGGUGAUGCAGCAGCCUUGCAGAGGCGGGACUCAGAUCCUGCUUCACUUGUGCCUUAGUGAAACAAAGACAUGAACGUGCAGAGUGCAGGCAGUAAAGACAUGAACACAAGGACUUGGGACAAAUGAGCAGAAAAGCCGGUCAGAGGAGGCUGUGAAGGGGGAAAAAAAAGAGAGGGAAACAAACCAAUGAGAAAACAUGGGGGAAAAGACGCUUCCAUUCCUGCCUUUAUCCUGAAUUUUUCCAGGAAGCUCAGGGACUGCUACCUGUCUGAACUUGCAGUGGGAAAGGUGGAGCCCUCACCGAUGAAGACCACCUGGUACUGUCCUCUAGAUCUGUCCACGGUUGUAGAGGAACAGGAAGAUGGCGUGAUCUACACAGUGGUGGUCAAACAGCCGCACGGAGGUCCAACAGUGAGACACAUGUCGGCGGUGACUCGCUCCCAGUGUGUUAAGGCAGGAACAGAAGAGAAGCUGGUGCUCCACCUCCUUCACUCCUUUUCCAUGGGCGACUCUUCCUUCAUCACUAUCUUCCUCUCCACCUAUCGCUCCUUCACCUCCACAGAAAGAGUGCUGGACAUCCUCACUGACAGAUUGGAGAACCCACCGGGGGAGAGCGACAGGAGCCAGAAGAGACAAUCCUUCAACAAAGCUGUGUGCACUGUGUUCAGAACAUGGCUCACUGAGUUUCCUGAAGACUUUAAGAGUCUGGGAGAUCCCGCUCGGCUCCUGCGUCUGGCUCCUCUGCUCCCUCAGGACUCUUCCUCUGCAGCUGAUCUCAGAGCUCAGCUCCUAAGGAUUGCUGAGGAGCUGAGUGAGAAAGCCCUGCUCCCUGAUAACCACAGAGCUGAUCAGAGCGCCCUCUACAGUCCUCCUCCUGACCCCUCCAAGUUUGAACCCACCAGCGUCUUGGGAUUUUCUGCCCGACUCAUUGCUGAGCAGCUCACCAAGAUAGAGACGGAGUUGUUUGUGCGUCUGGUUCCGUACCACUGUCUGGGCUCCUUGUGGUCUCAGAGGGACAAGAAGGGGAGGGAAGGAGUUUGUUGGUCCGUCCGGGCCACUGUACGUCAGUUCAACAAAUUAGCCAACACUGUCUUGGCUUCCUGCCUUUGUCCUACCAAGCUGCGCAGCCAGCAGAGAGCUCGGCUUCUGGAGAAGUGGAUCAGUGUGGCAGAGGAGUGCAGAGGCAGAAAGAACUUCUCCUCGCUGUACGCCAUUGUGUCUGCUCUGCAGAGUAACCCCAUCCACCGACUUAGGAAGACAUGGCAGGAAACUGAAAGGGAGUUGAUCAGGCGAUAUGAAGAACUGUCGGACAUUUUCUCGGAGAAGGACAAUUACUCACAGAGCAGAGAACUGUUGAAGGAGGAGGGCACUUCAAAGUUUGCAAACACUGACAACAGACUCAACAACAGGCAUCACAGUAAGUCCAGCGCUCAGGGCACUGUGCCUUACCUGGGUAUCUUCCUCACAGACCUCACUAUGUUGGACACAGCAGUCAAAGACAGGCUUGAUAAUGGCUACAUCAACUUUGACAAAAGGCGACGGGAAUUUGAGGUUUUAGCUCAGAUCCGUCUCCUGCAGUCUUCCUGUAAAAACUGUGUGUUCAGCAGCGAUGAGUCCUUCAUACAGUGGUACCAGAGUGUGCCCACGCUGAGUGAGGAGGAGAGUUACAGACUGUCCAAUGAAAUCGAAGCGCCCAAUGAGCCGAGCCCUCGGGGUUUAACUCCAACCGUCAUCAUCACACAGUGUCCAGAUCUAAGCACUUCCAGGACCAGUCUGCCCGGUGACAACGACGGCCCCUUUGAGUUCUCCUCACCAGUCAAUCACCUGCUUUCUAAACUCACCAAGCAUAUGAGAUCCCCAUCUGUGUCCUGUCUGGACGUAGACACGUCGCCUUCCACCAACGACUCCACCCCUGCCACCCUGACUCCGUCCACUCCCACCAAGUCCCACCGCAGAUCUGCCUCCUGUGGCAACAACCCACCCACCAGCCUGCAGGGGUCAGGGGCCGACAUGAGAAUCAUCAGGAUACGGAUGGAGCUGCAGGACGGAAACUUGUAUCGUAGCAUUCUGGUUACCAGCAAUGAUAAGACGCCCACUGUGAUCAGCUCUGCCCUUGAAAAGCACAAUCAGGACCCAAAACAGACGUCCAAGUAUGAGCUGAUCCAACUGCUGCCUGAAGGAAAAGAACUCCUCAUCCCUGCUACAGGAAAUGUCUUCUACGCCAUGACGCCCUCUAGCGUGGACUUCCUGUUGAGAAGGAAAGGUGGGAACACACCUCUGGGCCCACAGCCCAUCAGCACAGAGACCAGCGCCACAUUUCCUCGCAUCAAGGCCAAAGGAAGGAGACUAGUCAGGACUUUAUUUUGACAUUGGUUGCUCUUCAACUUUGUCCACUGUGUUUUUGUUUCUUCAGGCCUUCAGUCCCUGCAGUCAUGAACUCGGGACAACGUUUAAAAGAGAAUUGUUGUGGGCUUUUCCGAACAAAACGAAACACAUGCCUUUAUGCCACGAUACGACCAAACAUGAAGAGGCCAAGUUGGUCCGACACAUCCGACCUCCUCGCUGUUGUCCUGAAAUCACCACAAGAACUGCAGAAGAACAGCUUCAUUUUUCUGUUAUUUUUUCCCUCACCACAUGGAUUGAUCAUUUAAAUGACCAAGGAAAGACUUUUGGUUUGUGCGUUUGUCGUCUAGCACUUUUAAUGCAACUUUGUUUUUAUUAUUCUAUAAGUCCAUGACUAAAACUGUUUCCAUUUUUUACUAACAAAUAAGCUGUGCUGUUGUCUGUCUCCUCUGUGUCUGAUGCAGGAUUUUAUUUCCUUAAAAUCUAAAUACGCAGGACACGGUGAAAAACGAGGUGCUUGGAUCGAUGAAAAGUUAAAAAUGAAGCAGCACAAAUGGAUAAACCGUAGCAAAACACUGGAGCUUGUUUUGUACAUAUUUAUAUAUUUUGUAGGUCUGCGUGAUGCUGUGUUUACUGUUUACUGACGCGAAGCUUGAUGUCCACGUGUUCAGAUCGUCAAACGAGCGUUUCAUGUCUAUCAGCAGGUCGACACAUUUACAGGCAGCGAGGGAUGAAGCGAAUUUGUUUUGUUGCGGCUGCAGAAAUUGAUAUUUUUCCGUAAGCUUUGACUGUUUGGCUGACUUUUCACCUGCUCAAGGAAUAGUACAGGUGUUUGGUUUGGUUUUUACUGAAGUGUGUUAAUAUAAUACAUUGACACAUUGUCAGUCCUGGAGCUUUAAGAGUCAAGGGUAAGUCUAUGAGGUGUAGUGGUUCGGUUGUUUGCUUUAUGAAUCUCUCACCUGCACCAAAGUCCACUGUGAAAAUGCUCAUUUUUAGCUGAAAGGGAGGGACAGUGAAACAGUGGUCUGUUGCUGCUAGCUCGGUCAGUUUGUGUGUUUAAUUUAAGUACUAACAUGAAAAUUACAAACCUUAUAUUCAUUAAAUGAUUUGUGCUUAAAGAUGGAGGCAAAGGAUGAGCAACAAGCCCUGUGUCCCUUGAUGUAAAAUUGUUGAUUUUCUCAAUGGACUUAGGUGUGAAAGAUUUCAUUUUAUAAUAUGUUUAACAUAUUAAUAUUAUUUAAAUCCAGUGGGCCUUACACAAGCGAGGCCCACUGGAUUAAAAGAAAGCAAGUAACGAUAGUACCUUGGUGUUUACAGUUCCUGGGACUGUGCAGUGAAUAAGCAGCUGAAAUAUAUUCUCAAAUAUUCCAGGAGCUAGUUUUCAGGUUCUUCAUCAGAUCUUAGGCUGGACCUAAUUCAUGCAGCCUGGCAGUAUCUGUCCUCACUGGUGUUUACAGACAUUUUCUCAGCUUUAAUUUCACAGUUUGAUUCAACUUCUUCUCAGACGUGUAACAAAAAGAAACCUCAACUCUGUCUGAUAUCUUGUGAUCCCUGUGACAGCUGCAGCUCACGGCUGGUGAAGCCUCUAACAGCUCUACAGGCUGAGGCAGGAGCGCGGCUGAACCAGGGAGAGGAUUCUGGGUAAUAAUGAUGGAUGAUGUGUGUUAACAUCAGAGCCCAGCUGCUGAUAGCUUCAGUGCCUUUCUGCUAAAGGUGCUCACCUUUGUUCCCAUCUCUGUGCUGUGUCCUCACAUUGGAGCUGUUGAUGCACUACAUACAGGAGGUCUUAUUUUUGUGCUAAUAAAUUUACUUUUCUAUGAA